AAGGGGAGGGAAGGGAGGGGGGAAAGAGAAAGUUGGGAGGAAAUAGCCCAGGAAAAGUGACACUCGCGGAGCCCGCCGGAGCGCGGAGGAAAUAAAAGCGGCGGCGGGCAGGAAGUGUGAGGAGGAGGAGGAGGAAGGGGAGAAGAAGGAGGCGGAGGAGGAGGAAAAAGAAGAAGAAGAAGAAACAGCGGCAGCCGCUGCCGCCGCGGCAGAAGAGAAAGCAAAAGCCGCCCGAGGGCUCGGAGCCGGCGGCGCGGCAUCCGCGGGGCUGCGCGGCGCGGCCAUGGCCCGGGAGAACGGGGACGGCGGCGGCUCCUGGAAGAAGCAGGCGGAGGACAUCAAGAAGAUCUUCGAGUUCAAGGAGACGCUGGGGACGGGUGCAUUCUCUGAAGUUGUUUUGGCUGAAGAGAGAGCGAGCGGAAAACUCUUUGCAGUCAAAUGCAUUCCCAAGAAGGCACUGAAGGGAAAGGAAAGCAGCAUAGAGAAUGAAAUAGCAGUGCUGAGAAAGAUCAAGCAUGAAAACAUAGUUGCUCUGGAAGACAUCUAUGAGAGCCCGAACCAUUUAUAUUUGGUCAUGCAGUUAGUGUCUGGGGGAGAGCUCUUUGACCGCAUUGUGGAGAAGGGCUUCUACACGGAGAAGGACGCCAGCACGCUGAUCCGGCAGGUCCUGGACGCCGUGUACUACCUGCACCGCAUGGGCAUCGUGCACAGGGACCUCAAGCCUGAGAACCUGCUUUACUACAGCCAGGAUGAAGAGUCAAAAAUCAUGAUCAGUGACUUUGGGUUGUCGAAGAUGGAGGGUAAAGGAGAUGUCAUGUCCACAGCCUGUGGAACUCCUGGCUAUGUCGCUCCUGAAGUGCUGGCCCAGAAGCCCUACAGCAAAGCCGUGGACUGCUGGUCCAUCGGGGUCAUCGCCUACAUCCUGCUCUGUGGAUAUCCCCCUUUCUACGAUGAAAACGACUCCAAACUCUUUGAGCAGAUCCUUAAGGCAGAGUAUGAGUUUGACUCUCCAUACUGGGACGACAUCUCUGAGUCUGCUAAAGACUUCAUCCGGAAUUUGAUGGAGAAGGACCCUAAUAAAAGAUACACCUGUGAGCAAGCAGCACGGCACCCUUGGAUCGCUGGAGAUACAGCACUCAACAAAAACAUCCACGAGUCCGUCAGCGCUCAGAUCCGGAAGAACUUUGCAAAAAGCAAAUGGAGACAAGCGUUCAACGCCACGGCGGUGGUGCGGCACAUGAGGCGGCUACACCUGGGCAGCAGCCUGGACAGCGCCAGCGCCGGCGUGCCCGGCACGCUCAGCCUCGCCGCGCCGCUCCCCGACACGGCCACGCGCAAAGAUUGUAUGUCUCCAUCCACUCUCUGUAGUUUUGUUUCAUCUGCUUCUUCAGGCGUUUCUGCGGUAGGAGGGGACCGGAGACCCAGAGCCACCACGGUGACCACAGUGCACACAGGGAGCAAGUGAGCGCCGGGGCGGCGAGGAGCGGGCGGCGGCCCCGGCCCGCCCCGCUCGGCCAAGGACUAGAAGAAAGAAGAUUUUUUAUGGCCAUAUUUUAUACUGCAAUUCUGAAAAUGUUUCAUUUAUCACAAACUGCAAUGACUCCAGGAGGAACGGAAUCUAACAGUCUCUGGUGCUGUACAUAUAUAUACAUAUAUACAUAUAUAUAAAUAUAUAUAUGUAUGUGAGUCUAGCAAUGUUCUGACUAAUGAACACUCAUUCUUUCCCCCAGUGAUUUACUCUUUUCUCAGUGUAGGUAACAGAAUAUGUUGUAUUUUUUCCAUUAACUACAAACAUCUCAACUGGAUUAUUUAAAUAGAAAUACUUUUCUGAGCAUUUUUUUUUUCUUUUAAGAAUUACUUCAAGUAAUGUCCCUCUUCCAGUUUGCUGGGGGAUAGGCUAUUUCUGUAGGUAGGAACUGGCAUUAACUUCGCAACAUGGGAGGAUUUCAAUGGCAUGCCAUUUCUUGCUCCUCAAAUUGGACUGCAAGUCUGUCUGGCUUUAGCAGAGCUGUUACUGCUCAGAUUAAGAAACUGCUGCUUUCCCCCACAUCCUCCUCCUUGGAAGCCAUGGGGAGAAUUAAAUUGCCACCAGCUGGGAGUCAGCUCAUCCUUGGCCUCAUUCCUGUCUGGGGAUCAGCACCCUUGUUUCAGAGGAGAGGCAGGUACACGGAGUCAGGCAGGAGCUGACCAGAGCUGUGCAAAGGAAAUGACAGAGCACAGUCUCAUCCUGCAGCUCCCAUCUCCUUCCAGUCGCUGUGUGUUGUGAGCAGAGGGAAAGAAAAGGAAGAUAGAGGGGUGGGAAUCAUCAUCCUCUGCCACUGAUUUGCUGUGCUGCCCUCAAGCAAGACAUUUAAUUCACCAGGUUCCCCACAGUGUGGCCUCUGGCUUGGGGUGCAUCCAGCCCAAGGGUUUCAUGAGAGAGUUUCUGAGCACCCACAGCUCCCUGGGGCUUUGCCUGGUAUUGCUGAUGCUCAGCACCUCCCAGAGUGGCCAAAAGUAGGAAGAGGAGAGGAGUGCUGCUUGAAGCCCUCUGUAAAGCACUGGCAGGUUCUUGGGUGCAAAGUGCAGGAUCUGGUGUAGUGUAGCUCCAUCAAAAUCAGGCUGAGGAUUGACAAGGAGUGCUGAGCUGGGAAAGCAGGACCUCACUGAAAGGCACAGUGAUGGCACUGACUCUCCCUGCACCCCAGAAACUCAUAUACCAAAGCAAGCCAAAUUUAUCCUUUUUUUAAUUACUGAAUGCACUUCCCAGGCUCUUUGUGCAUCAUUCAGGAACAGCCACUACAGCAGCUGUGCUGCUGUGCAUUAAAGCAGCUUGAAACAGAAAAGAGCAAAUUUGCUAAAAGGCUCCCUCCAGGUUACCUCAAUGAAAUUCCAUCUAAUUUUGUUUUGGGGAGGUGAGAGGGGAGGCAGGUGGCAGAGGCAGAUGCCCUUCACUGAGCACUCUGAGCCCCUCACAUCCCAGACACGUCCAUCCCUGCCAGAGGCACAAUCCCUUGCCUCACUUUCCUAACAAGAAAUUGUGAAAGCCAGUCACAGACAGAGCUGAAUGUAUCAGGCAAUAGUGCCUGUGCUGGGAAAAGCCAUGAGAUAGGUAUUUUUCAUUGAGACUUCUGUAUCCUGCUCCAGCUUUAGUUGGUUGGUUUCACUCGGUAAAGCUGGGAUUUCAUCCAUCAUGCUACAAAAACCCUUGAGAAAAAACAAGGCUGGAAAAAGCAGGGGCAGUGAGCACUGACUCUGUUUGAAACAGCCACUCCUUUGGUGGCACUCAGAGCUCUUGCACCAGAUCUCUGUUUUCCUCUGUGCUAAGCUGCUCCCUGUUUUCAGAGGGCUGUGGCACAUCUGAGUGAGCCCCCUGCUCCCUGUGCACCCCACCGUGCUGCAGCUGGCAUGGAUGCUCACACAGAAAAGGCUUCAACUUCUCAUUUUACAAAAGAUAGCAGAUACUGAACUGUUGGGGACUUAUAGCAAAACUCCAUAUGAUCUCCACAGUGAAGACUUCUGAUCAAGAUUUGGGCAGACUGAAUUGCAAGGGGAUCACCUUGCUGUGUGUCACACUCCUGUCCCCAUACCCUGGCCAUUGCCACCAUGCACUUUUCAUCAGCACUUACAUCUGAGCUCUUUAUGUCUUGCUGCAAACUCAUCAAAACACAAGUAGAACACAAUUUAAACUCAGUCUAAGGCCUCUUUAUUUUACCAGCCUGAGUAAGGAAGUUUUGGUUUUGAGAGACUCCAACCUCAAGAAGUUCAAGGGAUUUUGAAACCCCGUGAUUUCAUAAGCACAGCUGGCCCUAUUCUGCUCCAGUUGCAGGUUGUGAAUAGACAGUCUCCCUGUGUGACAUCAGUGGAGUUCCCCACAUUUAUACACGUGCAACCAAAAGCAGGAUUUAGUUAGGGAAUAAUUUUGUCUCUAGAGCAGUUUUAAAGGUUAGGGCUCAAGUGUUCCCUCUGAAACCUGAGGCCUGAUUUGAGCUUGACCUCAGCAGUUGCUGUGGCCACUGAUCAAAAUGCAGCAUCCAAAUGAAUCUUGCAGACAAAAGAAAAGCAAAUAGAUUUUCAUCUCCAAAACAAAGAGCAGUGACAGGAGCAAAGGCAGACAUGCUGUCCUGCAUAUAGGGGCUUCCCAUGUGCUGGCUGCCCCUCCUUGCCGGGUACUUUCUGUGGUUUUUUUGUUGGGAGGGGUAUUCUUUCUUUCCAUUGUUGGAAUUAGUGUGAUUUGGUUUUGUUUCUGCAAGUAAUAUUCUGCCUUGGUUGUGUAAUUUAUCAUCGUCCUCUUUGGCUUGCUAUCAACUGCUGGGAUCAUAAGGAACAGAAGCACUUAAGAGCAAAAUUGUUUCUUUCUGCUACAGUUUUGGUGGUGGGGAGCUCUUCCUUGGCAUCAGUGAAACACAGCUGGAGACCUGACCGAGGUUCACCAAAUGCUUGGAGAUCUCUCCUGAAGCAUCACUUGGCUAAAACUUCUCAGUUUAAAUCUGGGUACAUCUGUUAACAGGGGCGACUUGGCAGCACCCAGGCCAGAUCUAUGGGGAGGGCUGGACACAUUUGCCCCUUGGCAGCACAGCCUGUUAGGGCAAACACUCCAGUCUUGCUUGCCAGGGAUGCUCCAGUGCUUUUGCAUGUCCUUCCCCUGCCCCAGCCUGCUUCUGCUCAGCCACUCUCACAGGAGAAUGCAAAGGCAGAGUAAAUAAUGUGGACAUGGGGGGAACAGCCAAAUAGCCCCACGGUAGAAGCUUCAAAACAAAUCCUCAGCUGGCCUUGCCAUGAAGGACUAGGUAGAAAAAUCACUCUGGGCUCUUUUCCAAUGAGCUGUCCUACUAAACAAUCUGUGAUUUGCUGCUUGCAUGAGGACUUCAGCCUGGACUCUGUUUGUUACCCUUUUCUGCUUUACUUUACUGGUACCAAUGUGUUUUUCCUUUGUAACUUGUUUUCCUCAGCUCCUUCCCCUUCUUUUUCUUUGCUUGCAGCUUUGAUUGUUGAUUUUUACCUCCAGAGUCACAGAGGCCAUCUCUGAUGCCAACAGCAAUGCUCUUGCUGGGAAAACAAAACAAAACAAA